AGUGUUGUCUACUUGAUCCAUCUUUCAUUCUAUAAAUUCUCAUUUUCUCUAAUUCCAGAUACUUUGUUUUCUUUCACUUUAUCCCCUGAUCACUUCCACAUUCCAACCAACAAUGGCGGGUUCCGAUGAGGUCAGCAACAAGCAGGUUAUUCUGAAGCACUAUGUGACAGGUUUUCCGAAGGACUCAGACAUGUCCGUGGUCACUAAGACAAUGAAACUGAAGGUGCCAGAGGGAUCAAAGGACACAGUUUUGUUGAAGAAUCUUUAUCUCUCUUGUGAUCCUUACAUGAGAGGACGAAUGAGCAAGCUUGAUAGACCUUAUUUUGUCACUUCUUUUGAGCCUGGUUCGCCUUUAAAUGGAUAUGGAGUGGCUAAAGUUUUGGAUUCUACACAUCCUAACUAUAAGAAAGGCGAUUUGGCCUGGGGCUAUACAGGGUGGGAAGAGUAUAGUCUCAUUGCUUCACCACUACUUCUGAUAAAAAUUGAGCACACAGAUGUUCCCCUUUCAUAUUACACAGGGAUUCUUGGUAUGCCUGGUAUAACUGCAUAUGUUGGUUUUCACGAGGUUUGCUCCCCAAAGAAAGGCGAGUCUGUGUUUGUAUCUGCAGCUUCUGGGGCAGUUGGCCAGCUUGUUGGGCAGUUGGCAAAAUUGGCAGGUUGCUAUGUUGUUGGAAGUGCUGGAAGCAAAGAAAAGGUUGAUCUCUUAAAGAAAAAGUUUGGAUUUGAUGAAGCUUUUAACUAUAAGGAAGAACCAGACUUGGAUGCAGCUCUGAAAAGGUACUUUCCUGAAGGCAUUGACAUAUACUUUGAAAAUGUUGGGGGAAAAAUGCUGGAUGCAGUGCUACUCAACAUGAAGCUCCGUGGACGCAUUGCAAUGUGCGGAAUGAUCUCGCAGUACAAUCUUGAGCAGCCGGAAGGUGUACACAACUUGAUGCAGGUUGUUGGAAAACGGAUUCGGAUGGAAGGGUUUAUCGCCAGUGAUCACUAUGACCUUUAUCCGAAACUUCUGGAACUGGUUUUACCAGCCAUAAAAGAAGGGAAAAUUGUAUAUGUAGAAGACAUAGUUGAAGGUCUCGAGAAAGCUCCAGCUGCUCUGGUCGGACUCUUCACUGGCCAGAAUGUCGGAAAACAAGUGGUGGUUGUAGCUCGUGAGUGAUAGACAUGAUUAGUACCCAGCGUAGAUGCACAGUUUUCAUGUAUUGUGAGGAACAUUGGAUCCUCUAAUUCAGUCAGCCUGUUACAAUUUCCGAUGUCUUGGUCAUGGUUUAUGUUUCUUUAAGAGUUGUGUAGAGCUAGACAAUAGGAAAUUUAGAAUAGCUUAUCUCUAAUCAAUAAAAUUGCCUUUAAA